GGAGAGAGAAGGUUGCGGAAAGUAACAGGAGGACGGUGGCGUGACUUAAUUUCCCUAUGUUAAUGCUGAAUUAACUGGUGGUUUGAUGAAAAUGAUAACCCUUUGUUAUAAGUGAUUGUUCCUGAAUUGAUUUGAUUUGUGUUUUGGUAAUUUAGCUGUACUCUAAAUUAUUAUUUUUAUGUAUUUAAGAAACAACAUUGAAAUAAGUGAAUUGUAGUGAGCUGAAGUUUUGGAUAAUUUUUCGAUAGAAAAAUAAAACAAGGGAAUACUGAUUUAGAUGAUGGACGGGUUGCAUUAAUGACCGGUUCUUGGUGCCUGACGCGUGCAUGGUAUUCAUCCCAGGGGCAGGAAGCGCCAUGCAGUUCCAUGAUACAAUCAUGCACGUCAUAGACCAACACUACCGGGUGUAAAACAGGAGCUCCAGAAUCCUCUACAGCAAGUGAUGUGAAGGUUGCAGGUCUCCCAGCAGUGCCGGCGAGAGAACGAGGGCGAAUCGGCAGCAAAGGCAGGCAGCAUGACCACUAACACGCAGGGGUCGCGAGGGACGCCAGCGGACUUGAGUCGCAUCCUCAAGAAAGUAAAGAAUGUUCUGGAGGAUCAAAAGAGCAGGUCGUCGGACUGGAGAUCAUCGUCGGUGGAUUCUGAGGCGAAGGAUGCCGACCUGUCCGUGCGGGACGCCGCAGGGCACCUGGACGAUGUUAACGAGGCAUUCGGCGCUUGCCAGACGGUGGAGUGGAAGGAGCAGGAGUACCGCUACCUCCGGUCCAAGCUGAUGGGCCACAGAAGGCGGGACGCGACCAACGGGUCGAAUGCCAUGCUGCUAGGGAGCGCCACCCUCCCCGCCGUGCACAAGGCACUGAUGAGGUCCCUCUCCACCCCCGACCCACCGCAGGUCGAGCCGCGCAGUUACAAGUCAUUCCUGCGGCAGCGACGGGCAUCACUUGCCCUCGAGGCCGACCCGCCAGGCUCUUGCGGUUGCGGAGUCAGAGACGCCAAGAACAGGAAGCGCAGAAGUGAAAUAAUAGCCAAAGAUGUAAAGGGAAAGAUAUCGCUCGAGCGCGAAAUAGCAUUGAUGAGAGAGAUGUCAAACCCCGAAUGUGCCAAAAUCGUCUCUUUCGUCAAAUCCAGCGCCUGGGCCUCUCGGGAGUCCAUUCUGUCCACGACUUCCCGAAGUUUCGAGUCCAGUGAGGAGGACGCCAUAAGCGUUGUGCUGAAUACCAGCGUCGUGGGGGAGGUCUCCGAGGAAGAAAUUCAAAAGCGCCAGUGUUUGCAGCGAUCAGUGUCGGAGGAGACGCUGAUCUACCAGCAGGAGGGCACCUUGGAGAAGCCGCAGGAACCGAGCGGAGAUCAAAGCUCCAACCAUGAGUGCGAGGGCAAGCACGCCCUGGGCGACUCCUGCUCUUGCUGUCAAGGAAGUCCUUUGUGCCUCAAGGAUGACCCGGGAGGGAGCAGCACACAACGGUCCACGUCGUCGAUGAAAAGCAUAUUCGAUUCCAUCCCUCAUAUCGACUCCUCCUCUGAGGACGAGGGCGAGGACUUCAGGGCAAAGACGGUCGGCACGGUUCCUAGUCCCGCGUCGACGCCCGAAAAGCAUACCAAAGAUUUCCCACCGGAAUGCCCUCCUCUGUGCUUGCCCGAGGAGGACUUCGAUACCAACAGCGCUGACGAUUGCCAGGUUGACCCCGAGUGUCAUGACGCUGACCAGUUACUGCCAUCCCAGACUAAAGAAGACGGCGAUGACGGAGAGCGCCUCCUGCCGGCGCCAAGGUGCGGCCCGCGACGCAGUCCCCGGCCGCCCACGCGGACCUCCUCCUUGCCCCGCAGCGCCGCCGACAUCGAUCUCGCGGCCGCUGUCUGUACAGGCGGCGUUUCCAUCGACGACACGCCCAUAAUAGAAGUAUUUGACUGUUCCCACCCGCAAAUAGGGGCGGCGAUGUCGUGGUGUUGCUCGGCCGCCCACUCCUCGUCCUCUUCCUCCUCCCCGCCCACCACGCCUCCUCGCCUUCUCCUCGUGCACGGGGCGAGUCUGGAUGGCGCCGACGCCUUUCUGGAGGUGCUCAAAGCUCGUCUGUGUAGCUCCGAGAGCGAGCUCCGAGUGUGGGCAGUGACUCAGUCCUCGACCGAGGAUGACCUAGUCCGGACUGUCACACAGCGCAAUGAUGUUCGGUGUGACGUCGUCAGUUUACAUGAACUACACCAAAGAAUAUCGCUUGAUCAGCUGAGUUCACAAUUUGGCGGAACGUUGGAGGUAGACCACCAGGCCUGGCAAACCUUCUGUAAACUUCGCGAAGGCCUUUUGGACUCCAUGAGAUGUUGUGUGUCGACUCUCCAAAGCCGCGUUCAGCCCACUUCUGCCUCUCCAUCUCCAAACUCCUCUUCAGAGAGGACAGACUCUCUCUCUACGUCUCCCAAAGUCAGUUCGGGCGACCACCCCACCGUUACCCCAGGUCUCCGGGCGGAUGUGAGGAUGCUCCGGGAUGCUGUGGAUUGUGCCAUGAUCACGCUGAAGGAAAUGGAGCCUUGGUGCCAGAAGCUUGAGGGAAAUAAAUUUGUUAGAGCAUGGUUUGCGGAGUGCUCGGACCUGAUUGGCACCAUGGCGUCUGUAGUGGCCAUGGCGGAUUCACACGCAGCGCCGCCGUCUCCCCGUCUGGAACAGUUUAAAAAAGAAGCCACUGCGGUGGUGACAUGGCUGCUGGGUCGGGGCGAAGAAACCCUUGCUCGACACCAGACCCUCGCAGAUACUCUCACGGGCAUCACCAGGCAGGAAACGGAAUUCCAGAAGUUCUACUCAGUUGCAAUGCGGCACCUGGAGAAGGGCGGGUCCCUACUGCAGGAGGCGGCGGCGCCCUCGGCCGAGACGGAGCCUAGCGUCAGGGAGCUGGCCAGGGCGCUCCACCUCCACCUGACACAGUUCACCGAGCGCCUCCACCACACCCGCGACCGCCUCGAGGACACUGCGAGAUGCUACCACCUCCUGGACAAGUCUUAUGAAUGGGCCCUGGAAGCCAUGAAGGUUGUAGGGCGAGUGAAGGGCGAAGGCCUGGCGUCCCCCGAGCAAGUGGGGUCGGCCGCUCGUGCCCUGACAGCCUACCUGGAGGAGCACCCGCCUAUUGCUGAUGACACCUUCACGGCCAUGAACACGCUAGCAACAAGACUCAACAAUCAUACCCUUCUGCAACAAUGCAAGAUGGCACAGAUGCGAUGUCAAGAAACUUCGGAACUUCUACGUAAUCGUCAAGCAAUUCUUCAGAAAGCAAAACGGCAAAUGGAAUUCGACUGUCAGAGCUUUGUUGACCUCGGUGAAAUAUUAGGAGGAGGUGAAGACAUGUCUCCCUUGGCUUGGCUGGCCUCCUCGCCCCUCAAUGCAUCGGGUCGCAGAAGAUCAGUCUCGUCCGUUGGCUCGCGGCCAAGAGAAUCAUUAUCACGAUGUCCAUCGCUUGACACAGAUGAUGACUCCGUGUUCUUGGAUCCCCCGCCGCCCCCACCGCCUGCCAAAACGCCCCUAGAAGCCCGCACAAGCUUGGGUGGCAUCAAAGAAGUCCGGGAAAGUGCCGAGGACCUUCAGCAGAGCUCUGCACUCCCUACAUCCACAUCACAAAAAUUAACUACUUCUACAUCUGGAGUAACAACUUCUUCAUCGGGUUCUAGUGGUACAAGUGGCAGCAGUUCCUGUUCGUCCAGUGAGAGUUCAGGACCCGUCAGCAUAAACAAGAAGUUCAUGAAAAGAGCCAACACGUGGCAGUUCGGUCUUGUUCCUAAAGAUGAAAACACAAGCCUUGAUGAUGGAGGACUUCUAUCCCCAUCAAGUCACAAGACUUUACCUCCGUCUUCAUCUGUAAAUUCCCACUUGCUAAUUCGUGGUUCACAGUUAAACCUUUCAAUCAACACUGAAGAUCUGACACAAGCAGAAGUGAAGAAAAACAAAACCCUAUUGCUGAUUAUGAGGGAACUUAUCCAGACUGAGAGAGAUUAUGUUAAUGCACUUGAGUACAUAAUAGAGAAUUAUAUCCCAGAACUGAUGAGAGAAGACAUUCCCCAAGCUCUUAGGGGACAACGCAAUGUCAUAUUUGGGAAUAUAGAGAAGAUCUACGAGUUCCAUUCUGGAUAUUUCCUCCGUGCUCUAGAGGCUUGUGAGAUGCGGCCUUUUUCAGUUGGCUCCAUAUUCUUGAGAUAUGAGAGUCAGUUCUAUCUCUAUGCCCUGUACAACAAAAACAAACCCAAGUCAGAUGCCCUGAUGUCAGAGUACGGUUCAUCAUUCUUCCGAGCAAUGCAGCUUGAGUUGAAAGAUCGGAUGGAUCUUGCAUCGUAUCUUCUGAAGCCUGUCCAGAGAAUGGGCAAAUAUGCUUUGAUCCUUAAGCAGCUGCUGAAAGAGUGUGCUCGAGGUGAUGAGCAUUAUGAAGACCUCCAAUCUGCACAGGAAAUGGUUCAAUUCCAGUUGCGUCACGGCAAUGACCUUCUUGCAAUGGAUUCCCUAAGAGACUGUGAUGUGAACCUUAAGGAACAGGGUAGACUUUUAAGACAGGGUGAAUUCAUGGUAUGGGAAGGAAGCAGAGCAAAGAAAUCAAUCAGGCAUGUCUUCUUAUUUGAAGAUUUGAUACUCUUCAGCAAAGCUAGAAGGGACCCAGAAAAGAAGACACUUGACAUUUUCCAAUACAAGUACAGUAUGAAAAUGACUGACAUUGGCCUAACAGAGCAAGUUGGAGACAGCACAACAAAGUUUGAGAUUUGGUUCCGAAAAAGGAAACCAUCUGAUACUUAUCUCCUGCAAGCACACAAUGCUGAGAUGAAGGAAGCUUGGACUGAAGAAAUUUCAAAGCUGCUAUGGCGGCAAGCUCUGCGAAAUAGAACCAUGAGGCUCCAUGAAAUGUCAUCCAUGGGAAUAGGAAACAAGCCUUGUUUGGAUAUCCGCCCCAGUGAAGACCAAAUCAGUGACAGGUCAAUUAGUAUCAACCAGCUAAACAAAGCACCUCGUCUUCGCUCUGGGUCCAUAUCAACAAUUGGUGAAUUGAAUGGAGUUGGAAAGAGACCUCAUUCAAUAAUUUCUGUAAGCUCUUCCUCUGCCUCAUCAUCUGCUUCUUCUGCUUCUUCUACUCACUCAUCUACAGUCUGUCCCACACAUGUUGGUACCCUUAACUUGGGGUUUGAACCUGGAGAUUCACCAAGAGCCUUGCAUCGCUCUGUGACACGGACAAGUCAGUGCUCUGCAGAGAGUGGGAUCCUUGCUGAUAUGUACUCAGGAGGAGAUGAAGACACGCAGUCACAUCGGCGUGUGGAAAGGUCAAAUUCAACAGUGACUACUAUAUCUGUUGAUUCUGCCCUCUCUCCGGUCCCUUCUACAUCACCUGUCUCACCAGCUGCACCCAUAUUACCUUCCCUCACAACUGUCCUUCCUUUCACUGGAACUUCUGAUGUGAUUUAUGAAGUACCCCCAACACCAUCAACUUCAAAAGACUCUACAGCUAAGACGCUUCUCACAACAGAGGUUUAGUGAGAAGCUUUCCUGGUCUGUGCAGAUCAUGCUGAAGGAGCCAUUAGGAUUAUUCUGUAUUUAUUGAUAGCUCAUAUGUACAAAGACUAUAGCUGUUAUUAUAUUAAUGAUAUCAUUAUGUAAAUAGCUUGGCAAUAAAACUAUGAUAAAUAUAUUUAGUCACCAUUUUGUCUUAGCAAAACCCACCAGUGCUUUGAUUAUGCUAAGUCUGCUUUUGUAUGUAGAGUAGUGAUGCCAAAUAACCUUAUUCCUACAUAAUCAUAUCUGGAUCACUUGAUUUAGACUGUUAUGUGUACACAAGUCAUUUAUUCCUGCUUAUGAUGCUCCUAGAAAGUGCCUGUGACUAACAAACUCAAGCACAUUGAACUAAUGUAAGUCUUCUUGAUUUGAAGUCUAGCAGCUCUGUCUUCCAUGUAGCACCAUGUAGUGUGAUGUAGUAAUGAGUUUUGGACAUUUCUUGUGGAAAAGCUUAUUAGUUAUUUGAGACAUCACAAUUCAUCACGUGAAUUGCUGUUGUCGGACAGUAGUGUUUAAUGGUGCUACUCUGCCGACUUACAUGAUUUAUUUUCUUUAACCUUUAUUUUGUUUUCUUUUUAUUACUGUAUAUAGUAGUCAAAAGAGCAUUAUCCUAAACCAGGAUGUAUCUAACUGUCUAAAUACAAGUGAUGUUUAAGGCAUUUUCUUUUGAAUACUAUCAAGAAAUUUAUGCUUAUUCUGUUAGUGUCCUGUAUUUAUCAGGAUAAUCUUCUCUACAAUUUUGCUCUUACUUUCCAUUGUAAAUAUCAAUUUGGAAACAAUAUAGAGUGAUGUUGACAUUGUGAGAAGCAAAUUCUGUAUAGUAUAAGUUCAUGAAAUUUGAGCUUACAACAUGUAACUAAUCCAGCUUGGUAUAAUAUAUGAACAUAUUUUUUGGGAUACAUUAUAAGGUGUCAUAAACUUGGUUGUCCUGUUUUUUGACUGCUAUUCAUCAGUUAUUCAGUGAUUUGCUGCAUGACAUACCAUGAAGUACCUUGCAUUUUGUACAUAAUAUUUUUUUAGAUAAUAUUUUAUGUUGUUUUGUAAUGUAGACAUACAAGUCCACUUAAUAAGUCAUUACUUGCAUGUUGCAUUAAAUCUAUAUUAAUAUUUUUCAUUGCAACUGCUGAUGCAAUACAAAUAAUCUGUCAGUGCCACAGUGUCAGUUGACUUACUCUUCACAUACUCUUUACUUGUACUAUAGUUCUGACUGACUUGUUUAUAUUUUUUCUACAUUAUUUUGUACAUAAAUUUUUGUUUUCUUUAUUGAGUUUGGCUUAUUUUCUAAUGAUUUACCUCUGUCAUCACUGAAUAAAAUCUUUUAAAUAA